AGGUAGCUACAUAGUGCCAUACAUUCAAUAGAAGGUUAAUGUUGAUGACGAUGAACUAAAGAUCGGUCACAUAAUGGUGAUUACUGCUUUACUGGAAGAACUGUCGUCUUUAGAUGUUAAAAGCUUGCGAAGGUAGAAGAAAAAGAGGGGGAGACAUUAGAAAGAAAAUGAGUCACUGAAAAAGGUUUGUUAUUUAUAAUUGAUUCAUACUAUGAUUGAUUCAAGCCAAAAGGAAGAAUUAAAAUUAAUUUUGAUCUGCCAUCUUUAUGAUUAAUUUUCUUAUUUGUUUCAUUAAAAGAUUGCAACUAGAAAAGUUAACUUUUGAUUUAUUGCGGCUAGAGUAGGUGGGUUGCAGUAACUUAAAUAUUCUUGUUUGUUUUUAUUCAUAAUUCGUCCGGCAGCCAAGCUGAAUUACACUUGUAACUUCAACGCUUAUUACUUUGAGUUAUCAUAAUAGGCUUAAAAUCUGUAAGUUUCCUUUGUUUCUUUUGAAAUCAGCCCAUCAACCAGAAAAUUAUAUGUAUUUUUUUUAUUUCCGCUUUUUUUCGUUUGUUCUAUAUCAAAUAGACCAACCUCAGGAGUAAAUUAUAAAUUUCUGUUAGAGCUUGCCAAUUCAAACGUAGGUAUUUCAUCAAGAUCUUCAACCUUCAAUCGUUUACUCCUUAAGGCUUUACAACCAAUCUGGAUCAUUUACUCAAGGAGCAUUAACAAAGAGGAAAAUUAAUUCAGAAGUAGGAUUAAUACCAUUUCCACCCAGCGCUCCAGUUUGUUGAUUUCUACACAACAUUGCAUUUGGUUUUGGUUCAACAAAUCUUCAAAAAGGGACACGCUGUUGCCCAAGCAAAAUAAUCAACAACAUGAUGCAAUUAUUGACAAUGCAGUAUUUGUUAAGUGAGUUUAAACAAAGAAGUUUUCAAAUUCCAGGUAUGGGGUCAAGAAGAAAAGAUUUCCCAAUUGAUGGGGUUUAUAAAUACUUGGUCUCUAGAGAAACCAAUGCAAUGUCAAAGAUUGAUGAGUUCACAAAAGAUAGAUUUUGUGCAAGAAAAUUGCCUACAGUAUUGAAGGAGAAAGAGCUGGAUGUUGGUCAGCUUGAUAAAAUAUUUUCAUCAGCAUGGCUUGAUAACAAAAAUGUUGUCUGUGGAACUAAAUGCAAUUCACUCAUUGUGGUAAAUGCAGUAUCAAAAAGACUCUGGAAUAUUCCUGUGUUACGUGGGUCGGUAAAUGCACCGCAGCCAAGAACCAACUGUGGUAUACACAGCAUAGCAAAGAAUCAAAAUGGUAGCAUUUUGGCAACUGGUGGUGAGAAUCCGAACAAUAUUGCAGCAUACAGACUUCCAUCAAUGGAGCCUAUUUGUGUAGGAGAGCAUCACUCUGAUUGGUUAUUCUCACUUGCAUGGAUUUCUCCAACAUUGCUUGCCUCAGGCUCUCGUGAUGGCUCUAUAGCUAUUUGGUCUAUUCGCGAUGAUUGCGAAAAACGUUGUAGUCCUCCAGUGAGAUACUCCAAUAUUUCCCCAAUGCUUGUAAUGAAAGAUAUUGAACUGGUAGACAGAGUCAGAGAUAUUGUGUAUAAUGAGCAUUCCCAGGAAUUAGCUGCAAUUUCCACAAAUGGUUUUAUUCACUUUCUCAACCUUGAAUACUACAAACAGAGAGCUGCAGUGCCACUUCCACAUUGUCAAGAGAACGUUUGCCUGGCUCAGGAGAAAAUAAACUGUCUAUACGCAGUGGGAUCUUUGUCUCACGUGUCACUAAUAGAUCCGAGAACAUGUUCUCAUGCUGGCUCUGUGUCCUCUGAGGUUCAUGGAUCAGGUGUCCGAUCGAUCAGUUUCAGAGACUAUGUGCUCACCAUCGGAACUGGUUUAGGCUCUGUACUGUUUUAUGAUUUACGUAAUUGUAAGUACUUGCAAAGACAAGAUCAAUCACGAUGUAUUCUUAAAGCUGGGAAAGGCUGGCUGCGGGAUGAUUCGAUCUUACGACAUUUCUUUUGGGACAUACAAGAAUACCCAAAUGCUGUCUAUACACAUUGCUAUGAUCCGACAGAGACAAAAUUAUUCACAGCUGGUGGGCCACUUGCUCUUGGCCUGUAUGGAAAUUAUGCUGCUCUAUGGGAUUGAAAGCUAAUAGAAAUCUUUAUUCCAGAAGCUGUUUAUCCAGGAAUACAGGAUACAGUCAUUUCAAUGUUUGCAUUUCAAAGGAACAGAUUAUAGCUGGAAGGGUAUGAAUAGCUACUGUAUCGAGGGCACAUGAUUUCCUUAAAUUUUGUUGAUGGUACUUCAGGUAAAAAGUAAAUUGAUGCGCAUUUCACAGAGAUAACGCUUCUCAAUAAUAAAAUACGAAAGAAGCCAUUUUGCCAUUGGUUUCUUAAGGUACCACACUGAGUCUGGAACAUAUACCCAUUGAAAAAUAUUGUUUUUUAACAAAGCUUACGUGAAAUAUACCCAGGGAAAUAUACGUUGGCCCUUGCAGCUAAUCAGUUUGUAUUUGGUUAAAAUUUGACACAUUUUCAGCCAUAUUAUCGCAGAUUUUAUUAAUUUCUUCAUUUGCAUUAUCGCAUAUUACACGUGUGAAUACGUCACUUUUAGAACAAUUGAUAUGCAACAUCAUUAGCUCAAACUGAAUUAUCCUGCUCUUGUACACGAUAAUACAAGAAUGCAAUAAUGCAGAUAGAUGUUUAAUUGUAUAUAUUUGUGGAUAUUUGAAUUGAAAUGUUUUUGAAUUUCUAUUGUUUAAAGUUAUAGAUUAAUUGUGUUAUAUUUAUUGCUUAUAUCAGCUAACUAAAUUUAAUGGUUCAAAGUUCUCACCUCAGUUACGAGAUCUGAUUCUUUAACAAAAGCUAUCAACAGGCAUCUAUACCACUUUAAUACCAGUGUUUAGAACAUAAAAUCGAUGCAUUGAUUGAACACUAAAUCUUUUCUCUUGAUUCUCUAAUUUAAAGACAAAUUAUGCGUUUGAUUGUGUCGAAAAGUUUUUGUUGUCUUAAAUUUCUAAAAGAGAAUUUUAUGAUACCUCAUUGGCGACGCUAUUGCUUCAUCUGUAAUAGAAUUUUCAAUAUAAAAAAGUUUUUCUCCAGGCUAGGGGUAUUGGAUUACAGUUCAGUUAUAUAUUUAAGUAAUAUUAAUAAUCGCACGUAAGGGAAUGUCGUUCAUAUUGCAAAUAUGUAUUUUUCGUACCAUUGUUUUGAAAUUUUAUGCAAAUUAAAAGCUUUUAUUUGUAGAAAUGAUUAAGAUAUUAGCAGAUUUUAUUUAUUUUUGAAUAAAAUUAUAUUAAUAAACGGAACGCUUCGUUUUUAAUGUCUUCGGUAUUCUUUGUGGAAAAUGUAAUAAAGGAAAAUUCUUUCAGACUUUCUUUGUGAAUUGAGUCUUUCAUUAAGACCAGGGCCGUAGAAAACAUCUUAAACUUUGGGGGCAUGACACUGAAGGCCCCUUUUUCUAUUCAAAGGGAAGUGAGGACACUGUGUCUGCAGUCUACUUAAAUUUGCUGUUUUAGGGGAAAUUUGAGACUAAAAGGGCACUUUUUGCAACAAGCGUUUCAAAUUGUGUGACAGGAGGGGGCAUAUACCUUCAGUGUUCCUACAUCUCUGACAGAGACUGUCCUUGAUCUUAAAUUAUUCUUAUAUUUCACAUGCUUUUGUAAGACCCACUGUCAAAAACCACAUACUUCCUUUUGCCAAAGAUAAGAUGAAAUUAGUUUUUCAUUUCACAACAGACGCAUCUCUUUUCUUCUUGAUACUGGCAUUACAAUUUACCCAAGAGAUUCUGCGCUUGCAUUCUCGUAUCAUUUUCCAGGAAGCAUUCGCUGAUCAUGUAAAAAUUGGUCUUGAAACUUCGCUUGGUUCAGCUGACAUCGUUAUGCUGCCU